CUCUAUUCACUACAUAUGCCGAAAGCAAUGAGCAAAUAUAACCUUAGUUCAUAACAGAAAGUGAAUAACGAAAUGUAAAUAAACACCGAAAUAACUAUAGUUAAUACAAGGUUAUCACACUAAAAUAAAAUAAUUUUCUGAAGAGUUAAAUAUGGCUUUACUGCGAGGAUGGAGAUAUGUAGCAUUUAUUUCAUGUAUUGUUGGCGGAAUAGGAAUAGCGCUCUACCCGAUUGUUGUGGAACCAAUGAUGAACGUAGAAAAAUAUAAAGAGAUUCAAAGGCAAACACGGGCUGGAAUUAAACAAGAAGAAAUUCAGCCAGGAAAUAUGAAAGUUUGGACGGAUCCAUUCGGACGUAAAUAGCUAUUUAUACUUUAUAGCGUUUUGUAAAAAUAAAAUUAAAAAUUUUGGAAGCAUUUUUCA